AGAGUUUACGCGGGCAUAGCAGCCUGCUUCCCAAAAAAACAGCCAUUGAAAACCCUGUGGAGCACAGUUCUACUCUGACACCCAACAGGUCGCCCUGAGUCAGAAUUGACUCAACAACAAUACAUAAUAGGAAUCCAUGGGUGGUGCAGACGGUUAAACGCUCGACUACUAAUUGAAAGGUUGGUGGUUCAAACCCACCCGCAAGUACCUCAGAAGACAGGCCUGAUGACCUGCUUCCGGGAGGCCACAGACUUGGAAACCCCAUGGAACCAACAAUGUUUUGACCAAGUUUGAGUCACCAUUUUAAAAUUUGGGAGAUUUCAUAUAAAAAUCCAAAUGUUUUGACUCUUAGAAAAGUCAGGCGCUCUGGCAAUACUGGGUCUGCGUCUCCCACACAGCAGUUAUUGGCUGGAGCUGAGUGUAGCUGCCUGCUUUAGAUCCACAGUGCACCAUCCUUUUGCUGCCGUCCCACUACUCCCACAGAGGGAACGUGGGCACCUGCAGUUGGAGUUACAGGACCUGGGGACCCAGCUGGCUCGGGAGGUCUCUGGGACCUUGAAUAUAAACACCCGCCUAGGGAUAAUUUUUAUCUCGUCUAUUUUUCUAACUCUUAGCAGCUUAGUGAGGUAAGAAUUAUUUCUAUCUUACAAGAAAGAGGAUCAGGGAGGUGUCACAUGAACCCAAUAGCAGCUUAGCUAGGAUCCAAACCCAGGCCUGCCUGCCCACCUGCCCUUUUAGAAAAUCUGAGCUAAACUCUCACUGCCUGACUCCCACCCAUUGGUUCAAAACAGCAAUCGCAGGACACUCUGACUUCCCUGUUACAUCACCCACUCAGUCACAAUUGGACAGAGGGCAGUGUGUGGCCCAGAUCCCCAGGUCCCCGAGGCAGCCCUGCCAGCCUAACCCAGGCUGGCCCGCUUAGGCCACACACACACACCAUGAAGUACCCUCUGGUGCCACUGGUGAAUGACCUCACGUUUUCUUUUCUGGCCUUCUGGCUCUGCCUGCCUGUGGGCUUGCUGCUGUUCUUUUUGAUCGUCUGGCUACGCUUCUUACUUAGCCAAGAUUCAGAGGAAAAUGACUCCAGUUUAUGCUUCGAUUGGGAGCCAUGGAACAAAGGGCCAGCUGAGUUUUGCUGGGAGGGCACAUUCCAUAGCCAAGAAGAGGAGAGGCUCCACUGGUGAGCCUGUGCUGCCAGGUGAGGCCCUUCCGUGAGUGAAUGGCUUGGAAAGGAGAGCCUUAAUGCCCAAAGCUUUGGGUGGUUGCCAUAUUGGAAAGCUGGCUGCUUCCCCCAUGUUGGAAGCCUCCUCUGUGUGCCAUGCUGGAGAACUGGCACCCUCUAUGUUAGAGGGCUUGCUUCCUAUGCCAUGUUGGAGACCUGCUGUUUUUGCCAUGCUGGAGGACUGACUGCCUCUGCCAUGUUGGAGGACUAGCUGCCUCUGCCAUGAGGAAUCUUCCCCUAAAGGUCCCCUUAGGCUUUACCCCUAAGACCUCACCUCCCACCAUUCUCCCAGCACUCACUGGCCUCCUUGCCACUCAGACUGAAAUCCACAUCCCUCCUUAGGGUCUUUGCACCGGCUGUCUUUCUGCCUGGAAGCUCUCUAUCCCAGACAUCCAUGUG